AUGUCGAUCCACACAGCAGCAUUGGAGGGCCAGUUUGGCUUGGUCAAGCAAUUGCUCGAGCAGGACAAGGCUGCCCUCACUAGCAAGGACGAGGACGAAAGACAGCCUUUGCACUGGGCUGUGUCUGGCAAGCGAUUGGAUAUUGUUGAGUAUUUGAUCCAACUGGGCGCGCCUGUGAAUGAACAGGACGAGGUGACCUCCGUUGGUAACGUCGAUAUCACGACACUUCUCUUGAACAAAGGUGCCAAUGUCAAUGCAAAGACAGAAACCGGCACCACGCCACUGCACUAUGCAUCUUCCAAGAACCAUUUGGAUGUGGCUCGGAUCCUUCUCGACAAGGGUGCUGAUCCCAAGCUGGAUGACGACAACAAGCAAACACCACUCCAUCGCGCGGCAGUGCGCGGAUACACGCCCUUGACAAAGCUCUUGAUCGAGAAGAGAUCCCGGAUCAACACUCCAGACACUGUGCGCAACACACCCUUGCAUUUGGCAUGCCAGGAUGAGCAUGGCGAGACGGCGUUGGCGUUGUUGGAGGCAGGUGCGGAUCUUGAUAGACAGAACGGCGAGGGCCAGACCCCGUUCGACUAUUGCAGCGUGAACCUCAAGGCUUUCCUUAAGCGUCAUGGCUACGAGGCAUAG